AUGGUUCGAGUCACGGAGGAGUUGGCGAUUUCGCCAGAACAUGUCACUCUCUACUACGCAUGCGACCCCCUGUUGGGCCACCUCCCCAUCCUCAUCUUCCACGGACCUUCGACCACCGCCAACUAUACGCACAAUAGCUCGCGGAUACAGGUCCAUAUUUACAGCCCGGCCGGCUACCAGUCCUUUCCGCGCAUCACCGUCUCGCCCAACUCGCCAUUUUACAGCGUCGUUUCGCACCUCCCGCGGGAGUUCCAAGGGGAUGAGAUUUGCAGGGGCUUGGCCUUCGGCCUUUUCAAAUAUUUUACUGAGCUGCCCGAGGUAGUCAAGAAUCAUUUGAAGAACCAAUACCCCGUCACCCGAGCUCGACGACCAGGAUCGGCCCCCGCGCUCUUCGGUGAGCAACAUGCUGCCGACCUCGCCAAAGCCGCUGUCCAGGGCGACAACACAGCCGAUGCGAUCGGGACAUUAGAAUAUGCAUUACGGACACAGCACUUGAGUGGCGUCGAUAUCGACCUUGUCAUGCCACCCGGUUCUAUUGUGCCCCUGGAGAAUGCCGAUUUCGACGAGAUGUUUGAGGAUGAGGACGAUCUGAUGGACCCCACGUUACGACAAUACGCCGGGUACGCCCCCUUGGUAAAGCUGUUCGGAGAGCCUUCGUUCCUCCCGACUUCUAAGCUACGACGAGCACCCUCACGUCCGACCUCACUCAACCGCAGCAAAUCGUUCUCGAAAAAUCAAAAGGUGGAACUACGCAUGAUGAUGGGCGAAUUGGUCGAUACGGAGGAACGUUACGUGGCGAAGCUCAAUGAGCUUGUCAACAAUAUCGCCCAGGACUUUCGUCAGAAGGCAAAGGAGCGCCCAGCUAGCAGCACAAGCCCGUGUGAGGAGGAUUUGGAGAAGCUGUUCCCCAAAUCGGCGGAUAGCAUUCUCGAGCACAACUCGGCAUUUAUGAAAGAGCUUAGGCGAAUCAUGGACGAGACCGAAGACGACGCCGUGCGGGACAUCGAAGUCCCAUUCCCCGGCGCCAGGCUGGGUGGUGCCAGCAAGCUCCGGGACCCCAGCGGUGCUGUGGCCAUGGCGAAAGCCUUUUUGGAGUGGUUUCCUAAAUUUACCGAUUGUUAUCAGGACUAUAUCCGUGCCAGCCAGAAUUUCCCUCAGCUUCUCAAUACGUUUCUCGACAGCCAAUCGACUUUCCGGCAACGGGUCGUUCAGACGGGCGAGCAGACUAUCCGUUCGCUGCUCAUUGAACCUGUGCAGAGGCUUCCUCGGUAUAGCUUAUUCAUCGACCAGAUUGUCGCCUGCUUACCGAUGACCCAUCCGGCACUGCAGCUCCUUUUACGCUCGAGGGAUAUUAUCACGAAUAUCUGUUCCAUGGAUGACCCGCUCCCGGACAAGCCUCAUGUCACAAACCGUCUUCGUUCUAUGGUUGAAAGCUGGCCGGCGGAUCUUGAGCCUCAGGGACGUCUAAUCUCAGCUGUUGACUUUGUCGAGCUCGCCGCGCCGUAUGUUUCUCUAUCAGACAAUCAAGACGUGCCGGACCGAUGGGGCAUUCUUCUUUUGUUCUCGGACUGUCUUGCCAUCCUUCAGAAGAGGGCAAGUUCGGGGCUCACAGGCCGAGACUUUCUCCGCGAGAUCGACAAACCAUCACCCGCCGGCUUACUCGCCUCCAUGACGAAUGCCGCCGGGGGCCAGGGAACUUGGGAAUUCUCGUUCGCAGGUUGGCACCAUCUUGCAGAUGUUCGUUUUACGGAGUCAUCGGACAAUCAGCUUAUUUGGAUGACCUCCACUCAGGAGCUGAAGGGAGCCCCAACGGGUGAGCAUUUCACUAGCAAGGCCAUUACUUCUCGGUGUUUCCUUCUCCAGGAACAUUACGAAGGGAGGGCCAACAAAUGCACGGAGGAGGUUCUCAGAGCUCGCAUCGAGGGCCGCUUUUCGGAGAAGGAGAGGGAAGACCCUACUUGGACACUUCGGUCCGUCAGGAUGCAAGAUAACAAUUUUGCCCUGCACGCCGCUGUCUUUCAGGAGGGCGCUCAGCAGCUUAUUGAGGGCCGCCGCGAACCGGCACCGAUUCGUAUCGUGCUGGACAACGACAAAGGUACCAAGGGAGCGCCUGUCGGCCAUUACGGUGUUGAAGUUGUCGUCGAGGUGAGAACCGCUGCAGACAUGCGGAGGAUUUCGAUGAACACGUUGGGGUUGAACGGGAGGAGAUUUACGGACGACGUCGCGCUGGAAGACUUUCUUCCCACCCUAUCACGGAGGAUAGUCCAGUUACUCAGCUCCCAGUUCAGCGUCGCAAACCUACGGCUUGCUCCUGCCCUGGUCUCGUACUACACCAAAAUAUUGCGCGCCAUGAACGUCUCGGCCAAGGUUGAGAAGAACACCCGAUCGUUCCUGUCGUCUUCACCGGUCAAGAUGCUCUCGAACCUUUUGGUCGGAUCCACUCCAUCAUCGAGCUCCACGUCUGUCGACAAUGUGGGUAUAAACGGGUCAAGGCACAAGCGGACGCGCUCCAACAGCACGAGAGAUGCGGGCGUGAUGACAGGGUCAAUCAAUGACAGGGAGAUCCCUCGCCUAACGGUGAACAUAGAAGAAGAAGAGCCGCCAGAAAACCCAUUGGUCCGCCUCGAACAAACCUUUACUGGGUAUGUGGCAAAUAUGCAGGCGCGGAAGGGCUACUUCAUUGGGCGUACUUUGCUCAACCGGUCUAUGGCGGACGAGCUUCAAAUCAACGAUCUCUACAACCGUUUGAUUGAGUUUCCUUACGAUCUGGAAUCAGCGUCCGAGUUGGGGACAGAAGUCAUUUUUGCGGCGUUCGAGAAGUUUAUCCGCAUCGCCUGGCGCGAGCAAAUUGGGCCAGUCAUGACCAUGCAGCACCUCAACGCCCUGCAAGUACGGGCCUCCAAAAAGGUUGUGGGAGACUUUGCCGAUUUUGUCCGCUUUCUCUUCAGCGAUAUGGCUCCCCAGAAUCGCCGGGCUUUCACUGCGAUUAUGAAGCUCCUUGCCGACCUGCUGGACGGCUGCAGCAACGAUGGCGAUAGGGGUGCCCUGACGCUCGCUUUCGCGGAACUACUCAUAGAUGAAGGGAACCCAUCGGAUUACAUCAAUCUAUUGGAUCGCAUUGUGGAGGAUUGCGACCGCAUCUUUGAGAAGGCGGAUGCUCCGGACCCGACCGGGUUGCUUAGCACGUUCCCCUAUGAGUCGCUGACGCCUAGCAACCGGAGCCAAAAGUCUUUCACGGGAUCCAUGACUUCCAACACCUCAUCGCUUCGCCGGAAGUUCGGCUUUGAUACACUUUUGCGGCAGAACAGCAGGACAGAGAGUGACCGCCCAUCCGUUUGGCGCUCACUAAGCAAGCACAACAAACACGCUAGCAUCGACAACGGUAGUCUUUCUAAGGCGAGUAGGUCAAAAUCGGUAGAUAUGGGCGCCAAUUACACACUCCCGAAUCGUCUGCGCCGCCCCGGCUCUCGGGAUCGACCGCCAGUGGCAGGUGCAUUUGAUGAUAUUGGGCAUCGCCCAGCGAGCUCACACCGGCUCGAAACCAUUGGUGAGCCGGAGGUUGUCGAGACUAGCGGUGAAACCAAGUCUCUCAAGAAGAAGCGGCGGAGCUCACUCUCUGACCUCAAGUCCCUCAUGGCGUCCGCAAACCUGGAGGAGGAGGAAGAACCACCCCUGAUGCCCCUGAGCGUCAACACGCAACAAACGGCUGAAAAGUUCAACUCAGCCCCACGCGGCCCGUCGCCUUCCAAAAUCCCCAUCAGCCCAACAUCCCAGCUACAACAAAGCUUCCGUUCCUCGAAACAAAAAGAAAACACCGCCGACCUUUUCCAACCACCUACAGACCCCCCUGAAGACAUUGAGAAGCCCACCCCGUCGAGACCGCGUGCUAAAACCAUGACUAUCUCACAAAUUCCGACUCUCAAACCGCCCUCGUCGCGCAUCCCCGCACCCCCAAUACCCGAAUCACCCACUCGCCCAUCAAGUAGCCCGGGCAAGUCAAGCAGCGCUGCCACAGCUACCACUGGCCAAAAGCUCCGCCUCCAGUCCCCUCAGAAACUCCGCGAGCGCCUCCAAACGGAAAAGAAAGCUGUCGACGAAGUCGACUCGGCCCUCCGGUCCGAACUCUCCCGCAUCACCGAGGACAUGGCGCGCGUCAACUCGGGCGCCCUCCCCCGCUCCAACACCAGUGACAUCCGCAAGCUUUCGGCCGCCGUCAAGGCCCUGGAAGAGCGUGUGCCGGAAGUCUUGCACGAACUGGACGUGCGCCACGCGCUCAUGCAACAAGAUAUGGAUGCCACGCUCAAGGCGACAGAGGCCAAAGUCAAAGCGAUCGACCAGCUGUAUAAGGAGGCUACGGCGGAGAAUGAGCUGCUGUAUGAGAAGUUCAAUUCGGAGCUCGGCAAGAUUGUGAAGGCCGUCAAGGGCAAGGGGAGGGAGGACAAAGAGGAGUUGGUGGUGAAAUUGAGGGAGUCGAGUGAUGAGGCGGCCAGAGCGAAGAAGGAGAAUGCGAGGUUGAGAAGGGAGAUGGUUAGCUUGAGGAUGUUGUUGAAAGGAGCCACCACACCUGGGAGUAGUGUGAGCAAUGCUGUUGGUGGUGGUGGUGGUGGUAGCGGGAGUGGCGGAAACGGCCUCGUGAAUGGGGGAAGUAGUAUAGGGAGUGGUGGGGAAGGGAAUUAG